AUGGAUAAAAGUUACCUGCUGGCGUAUCUUUUGAUUGCCCUUAUUGACAAAGACAUCAAGAAUGUUUACGAUGUCACCUCAGGCAAUGCCGCUCUGUCUCAACAAGACCCACAGUUCCAGAACAGAGCGCAGACUUUCCCAGAGGAGUACGUCAACGGCAACUUCUCUCUCAAACUGAACAACCUGGACCUUACGGACACAGGGAAAUAUUCCUGCUACGUCCCUUAUAUUCGUGUUGAACGACAUUUGGAGCUUCAUGUCAAAGAUAUUGUUAUUGAAAGAUUGCCUCCAGAAUCUAGCCCUGCUGAAAAGUCUGAUCCUGCAGGCAGAAGUGACAGCGUGAAAACCAGCCCAGUGCCAGCCUUGGUGCUCUUCCUGACCUUUCUCUGCAGUCAAACGCAACAAUUUGUGUGAGCAGUAGUGAAA